GUCAAGAUUGAGCAGGUUGCUAUGGAACUUCAGCUUACUCCCUUCACUGUACUUCUGCGGUCAGUCCUGGAUCAGCUGCAGGAAAAGGAUUCUGCUCGCAUAUUUGCUCAGCCAGUGAACCUUAAAGAGGUUCCAGACUAUUUGGAUCAUAUUAAACAUCCUAUGGAUUUCUCUACCAUGCGAAAACGGUUAGAUGCUCAAGGCUAUAAAAACCUCAGUGAGUUUGAAGAAGACUUCAAUCUUAUCAUAGAUAACUGUAUGAAAUACAAUGCAAAAGAUACAAUAUUCUAUAGAGCUGCAGUGCGGUUAAGAGAUCAAGGAGGUGUAGUUCUCAGGCAAGCUAGGCGAGAUGCUGAAGGAAUCGGUUAUAAUAAUGAAACUGGAAUGCACUUACCUGAACGGCCUAAACUUGAGUCACCCCAGCCUUUCUCUUGGGAAGAUGUGGAUAGGUUACUGAAUCCUGCAAACAGAGCGCAUAUGUCCUUGGAAGAACAGCUGAGAGAGUUGCUAGAAAAACUUGAUCUCACCUGUGCAAUGAAAUCCAGUGGGUCAAGGAGCAAAAGAGCAAAGCUGUUAAAGAAAGAAAUCAGCAUUAUUCGUAACAAACUAAGUCAGCAACACAACCAAGCUCCUCAAAUAGAAUCAGGUAUUGGAAGUUUUGAAGAAGAAAGUGCAGCAUUAGAACAAGAUGGAGAAGAAGAAGGAGAUAAAUCUCCCCCUAAACUUGAACCAUCAGAUGCAUUACCUCUUCCUUCAAACUUGGAGACUAAUUCAGAACCACCAACCCUCAAACCAGUAGAACUCAAUCCAGAGCAGAGUAAGCUUUACAAAAGAGUAAAAUUUGAUAAUGAAUUAUAUAGCACUUCCAUUCAGAAAGAAAUAAAUGGACACACUCCAGAACACUUACUUGACAGUAAUCUCAAUGAGUCGACUGUUUCUGCUGUAGCUGAGUCAUCAACUGAUGUAAACAGACGUACAUCCAUUCUCUUCUGCAAAUCGAAAAGUAUAAGCCCCCAAAAGUCUGCAAAGAACACUGAAACCCAGCCAACUUCUCCACAGCUAGGGACCAAAACCUUUUUGUCUGUAGUCCUUCCAAGGUUGGAGACACUUCUGCACCCAAGGAAAAGAUCAAGGAGUGCAUGUGGAGAUUCUGAGGUUGAUGAUGAGUCCCCUGUAAAGCGCUUGGAUACAG